AUGUCUACCGACGACCUGCCUGAGACUGAAAAGAGUUUUCACAGGAACCUUAUACGUAAGAAGAUGUUGGAAAGGUGGCGAAACGCACACACACUCUGUCUGUGGCAGACAACGUUGAGCCAGAGGAGAAACCCUUAUGCUAUUCUGAAGAUUCAGGAGUCCAUGGUACAGGAGAUGGCAAUGGCCAACAAGCAACUAUUGAUGGUCCGUCAAGCCGCCCUGCACCAGCUGUUUGAAAAGGAGCAUCAGCAGUACCAGCAGGAACUAAGUCAGAUGGGCAAAGCUUUUUACAAGGAAAGAUUCUGA